UUCUUUGUAAAUGGUCGAUUUUCCUGUUUGCUGUUCUCCAUUUGUCGCGAGUGUGUUAAUUUUGUUAAAACUUGCGCUCUGUUCUAAAAUUUAUUAUUUCUUAAUAUUAGUUAAUAUUAUUUUUUAUUUAAGUAUUUGAACUUUUGUCGUAUUUGUUAUUAUUUUUAUAAUAUUGUAUAAAACCAAAUAAGUGGCACUUUUGCGUUUAGACGGGAGCCAUCUUGCAAUCUCUAAUCAAAGGUCCUUGGCUCACAGUUUCGUUGUCUAGUAAAAAGUCGGUUUAUUUCAUUAUAAAAUAAUCAAAUGGCGUUAAAACGAAUUAAUAGGGAAUUACAAGACUUGGGUAGGGACCCUCCAGCACAAUGCUCCGCAGGCCCACACGGAGAAGAUCUAUUUCACUGGCAGGCCACAAUAAUGGGUCCAGUCGACAGCCCUUAUCAAGGAGGUGUCUUCUUUUUGACUAUACAUUUUCCAACAGACUAUCCAUUUAAACCACCAAAAGUUGCAUUCACAACACGUAUCUACCAUCCUAAUAUAAACAGUAAUGGUUCAAUCUGUCUCGACAUUCUGCGCUCACAGUGGUCUCCGGCACUAACCAUAUCUAAAGUGUUGCUCUCAAUCUGUUCACUGUUAUGUGAUCCAAACCCUGAUGAUCCUUUGGUACCAGAAAUCGCUAGGAUCUACAAAACUGACAGAGAAAAGUACAAUGAAUUAGCCAGAGAGUGGACUAGGAAGUAUGCCAUGUGAUGAGUCGAUUGUGACAUCAACUAAACAUACAAACACAUCGCCACAAAACCCUGGCUCUACCCUUUCAAACCCUUUAUCCGUUUGUCUAUAUCCUGGUCAAAAUUUUCCAAUUUUGUUGUCAUUUUCACAUGAUUGUUUCUUUGAUGGUCUUCAAUAAUAAUCAUAUUGAGAUUUCAUCUUUAGUAAAUAUUAUUACGAACAUAAAAUAGUUUCUGUUCAUAUAUUUGUCAGUACUUUUCUAUAAGAGAAAAAUUAAAUUAUUUUCCGUUGUAACAUUGAUGUGUAGAUGUCUUUUACUCAUUUAGUUAAAAAAUUAAAGUUAGUUAAAUUUGCAUUAAAAUCAUUGUAAUUUCUAAAGAAUUUGUACUUUAACUAGAACUAAAAAUCACAUUGUAAACUACAAUAGCCAUAUGUUUGGAGGUGUUGCUUUCCUGUUUUUGUUAGGUUUGUUCAAUGAAUUUGUAAGUGAGCUCAUUAAUGUUAAGAAAAUAGAGCUCAUGUGAGAAUAGGAACAGAUUGAGCUCACCCAGUCUAGACAUUAAUUUUUAACAGCUAAGUUAGUAAUGUAGCAAUUUGCAGAACAGACUGAUGUUUUACGAAAGUGAUAACUUUUCUUUCAUCCACAAUAUUAAAUGUGGUAGUUGACAUGCUCCAAUAUAGUUUAAACAUUACAGUAUAAAUUACAGUGUAUCUCAUAAGAUAAUAAGUUAUGUUUAAUCUAGAAUUUUUUCAAUAUGGCGAUCUUUAUAUUAUAAUUUUAUCUAAUAUAUAUUGUGGUUGUAAGGACAGCUGCGUUCUGAUUUCCAAGUCAUCCCAUCCAUGAAGACCAUCCUCACACCCUCGGAUCAGGUUAUUGCUGGCUCAACAGAAUGGCAUUAGUGGCAUGUGUUACUUUACAGCUGCAAGAGAAAGCUUUUGUUCACUCGGUUAUCAGGGAGAGAAACAGUAACAUAACGCUUUUCAAUUGUAAUCCAAUCUUAGCUUCACUAAAAUUUAAGAACAAUAAAUUAUUGUGUAUGUAAAUAAUAAUGUGAGAUUUAUUUAGGUGUCUCCCUGUCAUGCAGCUGUAAAAUACAUUAAACUUUUUUAAUAAUAUGACAAUGUGGAAACUGCAUUUAUAAGUUAGCAAUUAUGGUUAGUAUAGCCACCUAAAUAAAAUACAGAAUCUGUUCCAUGUGAUAUCUCA